UUGCUGGAAAUAGUUUGAUAGCAUUAAAUGAAAUAUUAAUAUUAGGAAAUAAAAAAAGUGGCAUUAACGGAGAAUUAAAGAUUAAUAAAAGCCUUAUUUAUUAUUUAUUAAAAAGAAUUGAUGAGUUCAAUGAAUGGCACCAAACUUUUAUAAUUAAUAAUAUUAUCACUAAAUAUAAUCCGGUUAAUGAGGAUGAAAUAUUUAAUAUUUUGAAUUUAUUGGAUGACAAAUUAAAACAUAAUAAUUAUCAAUUGGUUUCAAUAUUUCUAUUAUCAACUAAUUCGGAAAUAAUUUAUUCAACAUUGGAACAUUUGAUUUUAUUAAUAAAUUUAUCAAAUGCUAAAAAUUUUAAGAAUUUAUUAUUAGAAAAUGAUUAUAAACAUUUUUAUAUAAGAAUUAAAGAAUCCUCAUUUAUAAUUAUGAAAAAAUUGGAAAUAUUUGAAUUGAUUGCAAAUGAAAAAAAUGCCAAAGAUAUUAUUGAUGAAAUAAUUAGUUAUAUCACAAUAUCAAAUGAUUUAAUGGUGAAAAGAAUAAACUGA